AUGACGGUUACAGAAGAGAAGAAUGUGUUACCACCUACUGUGCAGGUUUCUUUGAAUUCAUUAAAGACUAAAACGUAUUACUCAGAGAUACCCAAAAGUGUCAUUGCCAAUGAAUCACCAGUGAUACUUGGUGUUGAUGAAGCUGGCCGUGGUCCAGUUAUGGGUCCUAUGGUAUAUGGUAUCAGCUAUUGCACAAAGGAAUACCAGGACAAAGUUUUAAUCCCAAAAUAUACGUUUGAUGACUCCAAGAAACUGACAGAUCCUGUAAGAAGGAUGCUAUUCAGUAAGAUGUAUGCGGGAGAAAUAGAUCAAGUAGGGUAUGCCACUACAGCAAUCACGCCAUAUGAUAUAUCGACAGGUAUGUCUCGCUAUCCACCUUCCAGAAACUAUAACUUGAACGAGCAAGCACAUGAUGUGACAAUGGCUCUAAUACAAGGUGUAAUUGACCGAGGGGUCAGUAUAGAUCAUGUGUAUGUUGAUACUGUGGGUCCUCCAGCCUCUUAUCAACGCAAGUUGGAAGACAGAUUUCCAUCAAUUAAAUUCACCGUUGCUAAGAAAGCCGAUUCGUUGUACUGUGUGGUAAGUGUGGCGAGUGUGGUAGCUAAAGUUACCAGAGAUUUGCUAAUAGAGAGUCUGAGGAGAACACCUGAUGAGAUUAUGGGUUCAGGCUACCCAUCAGACCCUAAAACAGUCGCUUGGUUAAAGGGGAACCAGAAGCCUCUGCUCGGGUGGCCUAUAGAAAUAGUCCGAUUCUCAUGGCAGACAUGCCAGACACUGUUAAAGGACAAAUCGACGGGUAGCGUAUCGAUAAAGUGGGACGAAGAUUAUACCAAUACAAAGCGUAAACUGGUGCCAAUACCUGUCCCGGAGACAAACUUCUACGAAAAGCCCCCUACCCUCGACAACUGGUUCAUGAGAAGCUGA